AAAAAAUCCUUAUCCUGAUAUUAAACAUAAUCUUAAACCAACUACUAAUUCCCAGUAUGUAUUCCUAGUAAUAAAACCAACUACAACUCACACGGGCCAUAUGCGAAACAGUUGGUGUGAAUGAGAAAGGGACCACCUGCAUUCUUCUGAAUGAGAAUAUCCUCUGCUUGGACAUCAAUGAUCCAAAUGGAGAUGGAUGCUUGCUUUAGAACCCACUCCUCCGAAACGAAUGAGAUUGCUGACGCCAGUGGGAUUCUUCAACUUGGAUUUGAUAGCAAAAGAAUAGUAAAGGCAUCCCUUGUGUAAAUUUCCUCUUCUCCAUCCUUUUGGUUUGGUAUGAGCCUUAAAUUAGAGUUAUAGACCAUGGAACCAAGCACAAAAUCUUCAUUGCCUAUGGCAAAAACUGCGUUGUGUAAAUCUAAAAAGAAGAUGAAAACAAUUGAGAACCAACCCAACAAAUUCUGAGCGAAAAU